AUGUCUCGUUCUCCUGCUCCCGAUCAACAUCCAGGUGCGUCCAGCACACCACCCAAUCCGCACCCAACCACAUACCCGCAAUUCAUCCUCUUCGGCGACAGCAUCACCCAAGGUUCCUCCCAGGUCCUCUUUGCCUCCUUGGCCGAAUGGUACUCUCGCCGUCUCGAUGUCCUCAACCGCGGCUUCAGCGGCUACACUGCCCCUAUGGGCUAUGACAUUCUCCGGCAAUUUUUCCCGUCAUCAGAAGCUGCUCCAUCAUCGUCAACCACCACUCCGAGAGUACAGUUGAUGACCAUCUUCUUUGGUGCCAACGACGCCUGCCUACCUGGCCACCCGCAACAUGUCCCUCUGGCCGACUAUCAACAAGCUCUCAGAUCCAUAAUCACCUCUCCGGGCAUCGAGUCGCACCAGACGAAAUGUCUCCUUGUCACUCCCCCACCUGUCGAUGAGUGGCAACUCGGAUCGGAAGAGCGGACGGCAGAACACACGGCGACAUAUGCCUCCGCGUGUCGAGAGGUAGGGAUAGAAAUGGGAAUCCCCGUCCUGGACCUCUGGACGAUAUUUAUGACCGAGGCUGGCUGGCAGGAAGGUUCGACGGGCGCCCUGAUAGGGAGCAAAGACGCGCCCAGGAAUGAGGUCUUGGGGAAAUUGUUGAACGACGGAUUGCAUUUCACUCCGCAGGGCUACGAGCUGAUGUAUCAGGAAUUGGUUCAGCUAAUCCAACACCAGCUCCCGGAUCAACUGCCAGAGAAAUUACCAAUGAUCUUCCCGGAUUGGAAGGACAAGCUGGGAGUUCUGCGGUAG